AUGGACACCAUGUUGAUACUUAACGAUACUUUGAGUAAAAGUGAUGUUGAUUUCUGUGAAACCAGAACGCACAAAUUCAUCCUUAGGUUUCCCUUUGCAACUGUGCUGAAAAUGAUUGGCAUUAAUCUUUUAUCAUUUGGUGUAGAGCUUUGCUCAAGUGCAGGCUUUAUUUUUAUCCCACCAAUGCUUUUAAAGAAUGGCUUUUCUGAUUCAAUGCUAACUAUAUUAUUGGGCAUUGGACCAUUUCUUUCCUUAAUGACAGUUCCUCUGAUAGGGCAUUAUAGUGAUAAGUGCCAAAGCCGUUUUGGUCGAAGACGUCCAUUCAUGUUUGCCCUAAGCUCCUUGAUGAUUAUGUCGUUGGUUAUGAUUGCUUUAAAUAGUAAAAUCUUCAAUAGUUUUUGCUUCUUUGUAACCCCUAACACUACUUUGGCUCUGGGAGUUGUACUUUUAGAUUUUUCUAGUCAGGCCCUUUUAAAUCCAUGUAAGGCUUUAAUUCCUGACAUAUUUCAUUCAUCAGAAGAACAGAAUGCAGCUUUCACAGUGUAUUCUGUUAUGCUUUCAACAGGUGGCAUUGUUGGUUAUUUAAUUACAUCUAUUAAUUGGGUUACUGAAAAAGGAUUUUAUUCCAAUGAUCAAGAGAAGAUUAUUUUUGGCAUAUUGUCUUUGUUUCAAUUUGUUUUGAUGGUGAUAAAUUUGCAUUUUGCGAAAGAGGAAAAGUAUGAUGUCCAGAUAUUGUCAUGUGCAAGCAACGAAACUGUAGAUAAACACUGUAACGGCUCUAUGAAUGAAGCAGAGAAGCGUAUGGGCAUUAAAACAAAUAUCAAAUGCUUGGAACCAGUGACAAAUGCAUUGGAAUCUUGCAAGUGCAGUGUGAAAAUACCUUGUUGCAGUGCAAAUAACAUGAAUUGGUUUAAGUUUUUGGUUUUAUCAUGUAAAAGAAUUAAGUUUUUGAUCAAAAGAAUGUUUUAUAUCUUCCUUGUACUUCCCCUCCAUAUCAUGGUGCAAUGUUCUAAAAAUUUCUUCAACAUGCCACCUAUUCUUGUUCGCUUGUUUCUUACUUGUCUGUUAGGCUGGAUGGGAAUUAUGUGCCAUGAUAUGUACUAUUCUGAUUAUGUUGGUCAGGUAAUUUAUCAUGGAAAUCCAUACACUUUAAAUGAAACACUAUCAUUGAAACUUUAUGAUAAAGGUGUUCGUAUGGGUUCAUAUGGAUUACUGCUUCAUUGUAUUACAUCUGCCAUUUAUGCUGGAAUUUUUCAAGGUUUUAUGGAGGACCAUUUUGGAGAAAAAAUAACUUUCAUUAUUGGAAUGCUUUCUUUUUCUGUAAGCAUGUUGGGCACAAUACUCACAAAGAACAUAAACCUGUUGAAUUCUUUUGCUGUUCUGUCUGGUUUAGGUUCAGCUGCAAUGACAACAACUCCUUAUACUUUAGUAACAGAGUAUAACAGCAAGAAAAAGAAGUAUUAUGAAGGUGAACCUCAUAGGGGACUUGGAGAAGAUAUGGCAGUGAUAGAUGCAUCACUUUUUUUAUCUCAGAUAAUUCCAUCAAUAUUCUUAGGUUAUAUUGUAGAGCUUACUGGGUCCACAACAAUGUACAUGAUAACAGCAGCAUUUUGUGGUUGUCUUGCCACUUUAUUGGCAACUUUUAUUGUAUUUACUUCUUAA